AUGUUCUCGUCACUCCUACCCUUCCUCCUCCUCCCCCUAACUUUCAAAAGAACAAUCGCCGACUCCGCCCCAGAAAUCUCCGUCGAAAUCUACUUUACAGAUUACACAAUCCACCGUUUCAAAAUCGACCCAUUCACCCCCGCAAACUGCAACUGGAUCCCCUUCCAUUUCCUCCCGGGCUCAAAAACCAUCACCCCUCGUAUUUUCGCCAUCACCGCCUCUCCACAACUUCCCCCGACUAUCCAACUAGAUAGUCUUGAUUUUUCAAUCCACUUGGGUGAUAACGCAAUAGAUUGCGAAGAUACUCGUCGAGUGUUAUAUCGUGGUGAUGUUGCUGGAGAAGCUUAUAACUUGACGUUACCGUAUUAUGCACCGGGCUAUUCUGGAAACGAUGUAGAACGGGCGGAGAGGGUGGAGUUAAGAGAGAGGAUGUUUGUGAGAAGCGAUGAAAAUGCGUUAGAUCUGGACGAGCUUGGGAAUAGAAUCUGGCCGCUGGUAGAACUUCCUGAUAUCCCCGAGGAAGACGACGACGAAGGAAAAAAAUCAAAAGGUGAUAAAGAUAACAAUAAUAACAGCGGUAUGGGGAGAAAAGAUUCCUCGGAAUAUCUCUUCCCGGGUAGUCUCGGAGGCCCUGACUCAGAUGACUAUGACGAUAAGUAUGGUCCAGGUUUCCAGGGCUUUGGAGUUCCACGCAAUAGUCCUGAAAAAUGGCGAGGAAGACAAGAAUUGCGAAGAGAAGAAGCAAAGGAAGAAGCGAAAGAAGAAGAGGAACGCGAAGAAGAAGAAAAGGAUGACCGAGAGCGCGGUUUCAGUUAUGUGUCGCCACCUCGUGGCGGCGGCUUUAGCCUCCAGCUCCAACGUCGUCCCCCCAAUCGUAGGCAAGGACUGGGCAGUUAUUCCCCAAGAGAUAAUUACUACGGACUCGGAAACGUUGCCGAUAGAAUUUACCAAGCAACGGGCCGAACCCUUAGGCUUCGCCCAGGAGAGCACGAUCCAGCACUCGACAUCGACCUCAGCGAUCCUGAAAUGUCAGCUAUACUUUUCCCCCCAAGACAAAGAAACCCAGUUUCCCAGCCUCCGAAACUGAAUACUGAAUCUGCAAAUGCAAAGUCGGAUGUUGAAGAGCUAGACGCAUCACCAGAAAUUUUUAAUGAGGAUAGACCACUAGAAAGACCCCUUAUGGCGGAAUUCGACGCAGUACUAGGUCAAGAUGCAAACUAUGGUGACAAUGAAAGGCUAACCCAAACCAGUGGCGAACAAGAAUAUGAAUCUCCCAUUGAUAUAGGGGGUAACUUCAACUACGAUGCCCCUGAUGGGGACCAAGGAGAAGGCGACCCAGACUCUCCUGUAAUCAAGAAGCGCAGUCUCUCCAUUUCCCCAUCCGCGACAAAGCGUCUUCACAAAAGAGUCAUAGAGGUCCCUGAGGGACAACCAGGCCCUGCUCAGCUAGACCUUGUUCAACCAGACCCUGUUCAGCCAGACCCUACUGAACCAACCCCGUCCCUUGGUUUUGGCGAACCAGGCCAAAUCGCAAUGGACACACAAGCACGAUUAAUACGAGCGGGCAGAUUCCAUGGCUUCCAAGAACCUUAUAUGCUGUUUGAGCCACCUGCUUCAUUCGUGAUCCGUGCUAAAUUUUCCGAGAAGAAGCCGGUGUCAGCUGGUUAUAGGUUCCGAGAGCUCGAGGAUUUACCACCUCCAGCUAACUACGAUCCAGACGAUCUCAUAAGCCUCCCAGAUCAUUUGUUGGAGUUUCUGUCCCGUGAAAGGCAAUAG